UUUGUUGGAAAAUAAAACGUAAACAAUCGAGGACAACGGAUUUGUUGACCGCCAUCUGGUUACAUCAGAUCAAUUUGUUCUAGUGAAAAAUGUUAAUUCGCACAUCCCGUAAUAGUAUCCGAAUUUAAAGGAAUUAAAACUCAUGGGUCUUCUAAAGAUAAAUCCUUACAAGAGUCUAUUAAAAUCCAUCAAAAUUGGAUUAAAAGACUGCCAAUAUUAUGAUAUUGGCAGUUUUGGCACAAAAUAUGACAGACUACCAUUUUCCAUUCGAGUUCUCCUGGAAAGUGCUGUCCGUAAUUGUGACAAUUUCCAAGUAACAAAAACAGAUGUUGAAAAAAUUUUGGAUUGGGAAAACAAUCAAAUCAAGGAUGGAGUUGAAGUGGCCUUUAAGCCAGCAAGAGUUAUAUUGCAGGACUUUACUGGAGUACCGGCAGUCGUGGAUUUUGCGGCGAUGAGAGAUGCUGUGAAGAGACUCGGCGGUGAUGCUGAUAAAAUUAAUCCAGUUUGUCCAUCGGACCUUGUAAUCGAUCAUUCGAUACAGGCUGAUUUUACAAGAAGCAAUGAUGCCUUAAAAAAGAAUGAAGAGCUUGAAUUUGAGAGAAACAAAGAACGUUUCAUGUUUCUCAAAUGGGGCGCAAAGGCAUUUAAAAAUAUGUUAAUCGUACCUCCCGGAAGCGGUAUCGUGCAUCAAGUGAAUUUGGAAUACCUGGCGAGAGUAGUAUUCGACACCAACGACCUUCUGUACCCUGACAGCGUAGUUGGCACUGAUUCUCACACAACCAUGGUCAAUGGUCUGGGUGUACUUGGAUGGGGAGUCGGUGGUAUUGAAGCAGAGGCUGUUAUGCUUGGUCAAGCGAUUUCUAUGUUAAUACCAAAAGUCGUGGGAUACAAAUUGGAAGGUGUACUGAAUCAAUAUGCCACAUCUACCGAUCUUGUUCUAACUAUUACAAAGAAUCUUCGACAAAUUGGAGUGGUUGGAAAAUUUGUCGAAUUCUUUGGACCCGGCGUAGCGCAGCUAAGUAUCGCGGACCGUGCUACUAUUUCUAAUAUGUGCCCGGAAUAUGGCGCAACUGUGGGCUUUUUUGCAGUAGAUGAACAAAGUUUGGCAUAUCUCAGACAAACAGGUCGAUCCGAAGAACACAUUGAUAAUAUUGAGAAAUAUCUUAAAAACGUACGUAUGUUGAGGAAUUAUGACGACCCAAGCCAAGAUCCCGUCUUCUCCGAGGUGGUCACGUUGGAUUUGAACACUGUAGUUUCGAGUGUCAGCGGACCUAAAAGACCUCAUGACAGAGUUUCAGUAUCCGACAUGCAAAUUGACUUCAGAAAUUGUCUUGUGAACAAGAUAGGCUUCAAAGGCUACGGUUUAACUCCAGCGAAGGUGAAUUCCGUGGGGAAGUUUAAAUACGAAGAGAAAGAGUACGAAUUGAAACAUGGCUCGGUAGUCAUUGCGGCUAUUACUAGCUGUACGAAUACUAGCAAUCCUAGCGUUAUGCUUGGUGCAGGUCUUCUUGCUAAAAAGGCGGUGGAAGCUGGCUUGAGCGUUGAGCCAUAUAUAAAAACAUCAUUGUCGCCUGGCUCAGGAGUCGUUACUUAUUAUCUCCAGGAAAGCGGUGUUAUUCCGUAUCUAACGAAAUUAGGCUUCGACAUUGUGGGUUACGGAUGUAUGACCUGUAUCGGAAACAGUGGCCCGCUUCCUGACGCUAUAGUCGAGACUAUUGAAAAGAAUGAACUCGUUUGCUGUGGAGUUUUGUCAGGCAAUAGAAACUUUGAAGGUAGAGUCCAUCCGAAUACCCGGGCGAAUUACUUAGCGUCCCCACUUCUGGUGAUAGCCUAUGCCAUUGCCGGCACUGUGGACUUUGACUUUGAGAAGCAACCACUAGGUCGCAAAGCCGAUGGUACUCCAAUAUUUUUGCAAGAUAUCUGGCCGACCAGAGCGGAAAUUCAAGCCGUCGAGCAGAAAUACGUCAUUCCAGCCAUGUUCAAAGAAGUCUAUGGUAAAAUCGAACAUGGCAGCGAUAAUUGGGCAAACUUAGUGGCACCUGACGGCAAACUGUAUCCGUGGGACAUUGAUUCUACGUACAUCAAAGAUCCACCAUACUUCGAUAACUUGCAGAAGGAGCUACCGCCAAUAAAAUCGGUCACAAAAGCGCGAGUGCUCGUAAAUCUUGGAGAUUCCGUUACGACCGAUCAUAUUAGCCCGGCGGGCAGUAUCGCGCGUAAUUCGCCAGCAGCCAGAUAUCUAGCCAAUCGAGGCUUGACGCCGAAAGAUUUCAAUUCUUACGGCUCGCGCAGAGGAAACGACGCCGUGAUGGCGCGGGGCACAUUCGCUAACAUUCGUCUCGUGAAUAAAUUCAUUGGUAAAGCAGGACCACGAACAAUUUACAUUCCAACUAAUGAAGAGAUGGACGUAUUCGAUGCGGCCGAGAAAUACACGAAAGACGGGACGUCUUUGAUCGCUUUAGUUGGCAAAGAAUACGGAUCCGGAUCUUCCAGAGAUUGGGCCGCCAAAGGACCAUAUCUACUCGGUAUUCGAGCAGUCAUAGCAGAGUCAUAUGAAAGAAUACACAGAUCCAACCUUGUGGGUAUGGGCAUUGUUCCGCUACAGUAUCUCCCUGGAGAAAACGCAGAGACCUUGGGAUUAACCGGUUACGAGCAAUAUGACAUCGCGAUCCCCACGAAUUGUCAACCCGGAGAAAAGAUUACUGUGAGCACAGACAAUGGCAAGAAAUUCGACGUGAUAGCACGAUUUGAUACGGAAGUUGACUUAACUUACUUCAAACACGGUGGUAUUCUCAAUUACAUGAUUCGAACGAUGCUUUGAUGAGUUAAAGAGAACAAGAAUAUAUAUAAAUGAUCCUCUUACAAGGCUACUUAAUGAGAUACUUAAUAUUGGUUUUGGGAUAUAAAAUGUUGUAUCUCUUUUAAACAAGAUUGAGUUUUAAAUACACGAAUAAAAUGUAGAGUAAGGAUAUAUUUUGCAGACGCUAUCGUAACAAAUGCCUUUUUUUCUUUCAUCUAAAAUGAUUAACAUUGGCAUUUGCAAUAUUUAAUGCCAUGAAUUAAUAUAUUUAUUUCAUAACAUUUCAAGUUUUAUUAAGUCUUUACGCUGUAAUAAUUUUAUGGUGAAAGUAGUCCACAGUUAAACGGAAACGCAAAGCUUAUUAAUCCAACAAAUUCUUUGCCAUCGUGCGAAAAAAAUUGUUUUUUUUUAUUAUUUUAUAAACGUUAUAUAUAUAUAUAUAUAGGAAAAAUUAUAUCGUCUUUGCUUUUGUGUAUGCAUCGCAGUAAUAAUAAAUCGUAAAUAAUAUUGUUGCAA